GCCGGCGCCGUCCCGUGAAGUUUGGCGGUAGACGUCGUCCGCGCGCAUGCGCGCGUCGAGUAUAUACUCCGUGCUGCACCGAGCGGCACCUUCAGUUUUCUCUUUACCGCGCGUGUGGUAUCGUGCGUCGGAUACGCGAGCGGAUGUCAGACAGUCGUCCUCCAUCCGUCCGUUCGCCCGUCUUCGUGCUGUUUCGGUCCGGAUCGUCCGAGCGGCCCGCUUCGCACUGCUUCGGGCAGCCGCCCCCGCUUUCUUCGCGCAAACGGGAAAUAGAGCGGAGAGCCAGAGCUUACUCCGUGGUGUGUGGAUUAAUCGACGGAGCUGCAGGGUACCCUUCCCCCUCCACCCCACCCCCCUCCUCCCUUCUUCGCGAAUGCAUCGCAGUCGAGCGACGCGCCGCGCGUCUCUAGGCCGACUUCAGGGCAGUGAAAUACGGCGGGGAGGGUAGGAGAGCGCGAACUCGAUGCUCGAUGCGACGAGGAUGCGAGCGCGCGGCCGAUAUCCUUGCGCCCAGGACUCCAUGCUCGAGCCCCAGGAUUCGCGCACGGCACCUGCCGCGAGGUACGUCGCGUGAAGUUUCCGCGUUCGAUCUCGUUCAAUCGAGCGAUUAACGCGCGAGCACAUCGCAGGUGCGCGUCGCGCGGACACACGCUCCAGUGUGUCAUCGUCGGAAUGGACCUGCCGGGCGCGAUAUCGCGUCGAGACUGCUCCGCGGCACUCUGACAAGCAGCCGUCACCGCGAAGCGCGGACACGCGUGUCAACGUCAAUAAAACGUUAAGUGCCGAUCGACACGCUCCUGUUUGAAGUUGGUCACGGAUCGUGCGUCAUCGAAGACACCCGGCGCGCGGCGCGAAGCUUCGCUGGCUUCGCUGUCGAGACUCGAUCACGAUGCAACGGCACGAAUGGAAUUCUCCAAUGUACUUCUCGGUCGUUGGGAAUCCCGAAUCGGAGUAACACGUCGAGAAGCAGAUCUGUGCAUCCGCGGAGUCCUGAAUCGACGAAAAGUAGUCGGCAGUGAGUGAAACGGACAUCGCGAGUGAAACUUGGCGAGUUUAUUCAGUCGCGUUCGCAGCUGGAGGGAUCAGUGCGCGAGGCUGAAAUCGCAUUGCGUCGAGGUCCACCCCCGCAAGUGCAUCGGAUGCGUGAAAAAGUGCAGCUGCAGCAGCAGCAACAGCAGGGCGCCGGGAGGAGAGGUUAGGCGAGGCCGACAACAGGCCGACACCCACCGAGCAAGUCGAUCAGCUGUUUCGCGGCGCCCCGACAUCAUCGUCGCGUUUCGGACGCAGGUAGUCCCGAUGCUACUCUAUCAAGAGGUCAUUUCAAACAUCCUUGCGUCGAGUACUUCUUGGCGUCAACGUGAGUGAAGGAAAAAGGGACGAUGUUGUCGUACAUGCUGCCGACGGAGGACAAGCCACCGCCCGGCGAACCCAGCAGUCAGCAACAGAACAAUUAUCGUAUGGCCGGCAAGCUGCAGAAGAGUACCGCUGUGGUGAGCACGUCGCCCAGAAAGUGUGCGGACGCGAGUAGAGCGAUGAUCGUCUCCACCAGGAUCGAGGACCCGGCGGUGGUCGGCGGCGAUCCUGUUGCCAGGCACGGUUCACCACGACCGGCCGAGAGCCCGAAGCACAACGGGACGACUACCGCGCGGAAAUCGACCCUACACAACGCCAAUAGGGUCACUAAGGACGACAGCCUUUACAGCAUCGACAGCGUAGCCAGUACCGCCGGCAGCGAGCGCAGGAACAAGAUUCUCAACGGCGCGAAGCACGCCAGCCUGAAGAGGGUAUCCUUCGGCUCGAGCAAAGGGUCGAUGGUAGAGACCCUCGUUUACGAGACCCCAGUGCAAGAGGAACCUGAAAUCAAUCAUUUUCUGGACCACAACGGCCGCCUACCUCUUCCUAUGAUACCUGUGCCUGAUACUGACGAAGGUAGAGAAAAAGUACGCGUCUCGUUGUUGGGUCCGCAACCGUCGCCGGCGACACCAGGCGUUCUCUUGCUAGAACCGAUCACGCACUCGACAGGACACCCUCUAAACAUGGCCAACAAUCCCGCGGAACUUUUGACCACGCACACCGAACACACCACGCCCGCCUACCACACGCAGAUCAGUACGGACAGCGGCUGGGACAACCCGUUCAGGCCGGAUGGCGAUCUCUCGCGUGAGGCCGACGAGAUCGUCGAGCUGAUAAAGGGCGGGAAGCCGAUCACGCCGACCCCGGGUCAGAAUGCACCGCCGUUACCGGGAUGUGACGGCAAAUCCGGCGACUCGAGUACCAGUCCGCUCCUCAAAGGAAAUUGUCAUUCGCCGAGGCCCGGCCAGGAGAACGGCAGCGCGCAUGGUGGCACUCCUUCGAAGGCCGGCAAUCAGCCUGUCAAUGAAAAAGUAGGCGCAUCUCGAACCGCGACGGUGGAAGUCGCGAGGAUGACGGCGCAGGGCCCAGGCGAUGCGUCACAGGUUGAGCAUGUCACCCUGAAGAAGAAGCCUAAGUGCAAGUGCUGCGUGUUGCAGUAAUGACCGCGCGACGGAAGCGGCGGGGACGCGCACAAGAGACGGGCCCUCCUCCAUUAUCCGGAGCGUGACUUUGGCUUCGAAGCUACCUGAAGAAGACACGCGGCUGGGCGACUUCAGGCAUCGAGGACGCAUCGAUGAAGAAGCGGCUCGAAGAGAAUGCCGGGAGGCAGCAAGGAAAACGCCGGCAUUCCAAACACGCUCGAGGAACCUGACGAACAAGUCCAGAUGAUGACUUCUUGGAGAAAGACAGAGAGAGAAAAGAGCUUCGUCUUUGAAGAAACGUGGAGCAAAGUAUUUGAAAGCAAUGUGAUCACGGAUAUAGACGGAUAUAGAGCACUGUCGGAGUGUUGAAAAUCUAAAAAAUAAAACGGACAUCAAGUCGAACGAAUUAUAGAAGAGUUUCUUUUAAUCGCGUCUUUUAAUUACGAAGAAAGGAUAACAAGAAGAGAUAAUCCGAUGGAAAUGAACGAGAAGAACAAACUUGAUCGGAACUUGAAGAAUAUGAGACAGGAGACUAUCGAUUCUUGUUUGAGAAGAUUGAAAUCUCUCUUAAAAUGUUCUAAAACGUUAAGAUUCAAGUUAAUUCUUGCCGUGGAAGAUUAAACUCUCACCACAGGCAAUCUCCGGCUUUCGAGCGAAGAGGAGUCCACGUGGAGGACGAGACGAGGAACGUCAGUGCGCGAACAUUAAACCGCUUUUCGGGACAGUGAUAUUUUCUGAUGUUGUAAGAGACCAGAGUUAGGAAAGAAAUGGAAGAAAGAAAAAGAAAAAGAAAUAUAUAUAUAUAUAUAAAUAUAUAUAUUAUACAUACAAAACUAUAUUGUAGAUACAGAAUGGUAGCUGUAUAGCUUAUGCUUUUACUAUCGUGGUUAAUUAUCGUCAGGAUUAUCGUGAUUUCAAGAAUGCAUCGUGCGCGUAGAGCGUGAAAGGAAAAGAGAGAAUGCGUGAGAGAAAGCGCGAAUAUAUGAGAGCGAGAGAAAUGGAGGGAUAAUGAAUGAUGUGACUAUAUAGGGGAAAAGAGUGUGCACGACGAAGCAUGUAAAGUUUCGCGGAACGUCAUUCGUGCGUUAGAUCUUGGUGCAAGCAGAUACAUCGCCGUUUCUGAGGAAGAUAACUUGGCAGCUUUGAUCAAUCUUUCUUUAAUGCACUGCGAAGGGUAUUUGGCACGUCGAACAUCGCCCUAUACGGAGGGAGUAUGCCAUAUAUCGCGUAUUCCGUUGCAUCUCCAAAAUUCUUAAUCAAUUUGAAUCAUCGAUUUUAAAUGUUCUUUUUUAACAGCGCUUUAAUUUUAAUCGAUCGAGUCAUAAAAAAAGUCGUGUUUUAUUUUACGAUAUUGAAAUAUUUUAUUUCUAUCUCAAUCCUUUAAAUACUUACAAAUGUUCCGGUUUUAAACAGUUUAGAUUUAAAACAGUUAAAUGUUUAAAACUGAACUCUUUAACAACUUUAAAUAUUUUAAUGCUUUAAAUCUAAACACCAUUUACAAAUAAAACAUUUUUAAUAUUUAAAAAGCUGAGACAAAAAUGAAACGUUUUAAUAUCUUAAAACACUUGUGUUUUGAAAAUUAUAAUUUAGAAAUUAGCUAAUAAGUCGUCUGUGUAAUCGAAAAAAGUACGCGGUUUUUGGCACACUCUGUACAGUAGGUAGACGUUUAUUUCACUAAACGUAUUAAAGAGUUUCGCAGGUAAAAUUCUUCUGUUCUUCUUCUAUCUAUUUAUCUACCAUUUUAGACACAAUUCUAUUGUCUAAAAAAUGAUUAUUUUUUGAUAAUAAAUUAUAAUUAAAUGGAGAAGCAAGCAGAAUCUUCUUGCUGGAUAAUUUUUUAUAUAUGAUUUUAUAUAUAUUUUCUUCAAACUGUGCGCCAUUACUUUCGGUCUCGAAAUAGUUCUAAAUUGAAACAGAAUAAUAAUAUCACAGUAUUCAAUUUAAUAACGCUGAUGCUAAUAAGCAUCUUUUAAAUACUGUAACGAAUUUGUCAUUCUUCUAUUCUUUUACUUAUCUCUGUUUUACUUCCUGAAAAUUUGUAUUUUAAAAUUUUUAUAUAGGUGUAAUAACACAGACCUUCAUAUUUAUGAAGGUUAAUAAUAGGAUAGGGUCGGACAUCCCUCUCCCGUAAUAAAAAGGCAUAAUGAGGCAUAAGUGGAUGAUCAAACAGGAAAUGGUCUCAAAUGCUGAAAAGCAAUAUAGUUAAUAAUAUUGAUCAGCAGAGAAGGCAUUGGUUACAUUGGCUACGUUCUGAAAACAUAAAGUUUAAAUAAUCGACUUCUUAAAAAUGCAUUCGAUCCAUAGAAACACGUAAAAAUAUUAAAAAUUGUUAAUCAAUUAACCAUUGUGUUUUGACUAUUGUGUAAUAAACAUUGAUGAAGAUUUCUGUAAAAUUAGCAGUCAUGAUGGAUACAAUAAUGUUAACCACAAUAGAUGUUGUAAGUGGAAUAUCCCUGCAAAUUCAAUUAAUGUUGCUUAUCGAUCGUGACUAUAGAUUUUGGAUUUUAUUGUAAAUUUUAUCACAAUUUUAUUUUGAAUCAAUUUUAAAACGAGUUUUUUUGCAAUUAUUAUUUUCUGAAAUACUUUGAUGCUGCUCCCACAACCAGUGUGCAACGAUAAGGCAGCUAUUAAUAAUGUUCCUAAUUGUUUUACCUGCGAAACUCCAAAGAAAGAGAAUUAUUAUUGCGUGCGGGUAUAAAUAGCGUUAAACGCUAUUGCUCCUAAAAAGUUCAAGUCCUAAGGAUCUUUACGCGUGUCUUUUUUGUCGAGCGUCGUUCGAAUCGAUUGUUGGUUGCCCUCGAAUCGGCAAAUCCGCCCUGAGUUUUGUCCGCCACAACACGAAAUUAAUCCCGAAAUCCUUUUUUUAUAGCAAUCGAUGUACACGAGAUUUUUUAUUGUAACAAAUUGUGCGAAGUGUAUUCGACUUUAUUGCAUCUUUUAGUGGAAAAUUGGAAGGAGAGAAAGUGAAAAGAAGAUUUGUUCUUCUUUGCGGUCAAUCAUGGUGAACAGAAUCGCGCCUUUUUGAACAUGUCGAGGAUUCGAGCUUGAGGCCUCGUCAUGUUUGACCGAGUACCUAAGUGCAUUUCGUUAAUUAUUAUCAUGAGUGUCGCCAGAAUUUUUCAUAUAGGGGCACACAUAUGCAGAUACUCUUGGCUGUUUUUUAAAUAUAAAGUUUUAUUGUCAAGAUUGUAUAUAUAUGUGCGUUUUUUAUUAUUGAAUUGAAAGGAAUUUUGAAGUUUCUUUCAUCAGUUUACAGCAUUAACCCCUUGCCUCUCUUAUAAUAUUGUAAAUUAUAUGUGCAAGUUUUCAAAAACCUUAUUUUUUUAUUAUAUUUUUUUUGUUUUAUUAUAUUAUAAAGUUCAUUAUAUUAUUAAGUUAUACAAAAAUAUAUUUAAAAAAAAUAAUUUUUAAGUUUGUUUUAUCACGAUACUAUUGACAAUUGACAAAAGGAGAUUACGCGAACGAUCUUAUUUCUAAUCAUAAAUACAAAUUAAAUCAUUAGGCAAAGGGUUAACAGUGUUAUACACUCAAAAAAGAAGUAUUUAAUUUUAAAAUAUAAAAAUAUUUUAUUUCUCUCUUUUUCUUUAUUUUUGUUUUUUAAAUACUUGCAAAUGCUUUAGUUUUAAAUCUAAACAGCGUUUAGAUUUAAAUAAGCUUUUACAGCUUUUAAUGUUUUAAAUCUAAACAUCAUUUAAAACUAAAAUAUUAUUAAGUAUCCAAAAAAAUAAAAACGGAAAUAAAACAUUUUUUUUAUAUCUUAAAAAUAAACUUUUUUUUUCGAAUGUAAUUUGAAUUUAAAAAGUUUAAUUAAAUCCGCUUUCUCGAACGUGCCUCUUUCGCACUUUUCCCGCGACACCCAUGAUUUUUAUGUACCUGCGUUAAUAAGUUCCGUGUUCGAUCAAAGCGAGCUGGGACAAGACAAAUCAUUAAAAUCUUACGAUCACAAUUAGCCUUAAAUUACAUAAGACUUACAUUCUAGAACAAUCGGUUCCAAAUUAAUCGAUAUUAAUCUGUUACAACGUACAAUUCGAUUAAUACUUUAUUAAGCCCAGCUUACUCUAAUCGACGAUGAAACGGAAGUACGCGAGGCGCCAGGAAAAAGGAACCGGUGUUUGGACAGUGUUGAAGAUACUAUUUUCUUAAUUAACGAACCGCCCGAAGGAUUCCGGCGCCAGCCUGCUUUCGUGGUGGCGAUUUUUAAUGGAAGAAAACAAUUUAUUGUACGAACUAGUCGAAGGUAUCGGGAGAUGUUAACUCUUCGUGGCGGCAAUCCCAUAAAAUGUCUUUUGUAUUAUAAUUGUUUUAAAGUCUUAGUUGCGCAUAUACAUAAUAUACAAGAAAUGAUCAUGAGAGAGAGAGAGAGAGUGAGAGAAUACAGCGUUGCGUGUGAAACGCGACUCAAAAUCCUUUUAAUUUUUAAUUGUAAAAUAUGCCCCUGUCUACACACGAUCACUUAAAAAAGAAAUGUUUAAUUUUAAGAUGUUAAAAUAUCUUAUUUUUAUCUUCGUUUUUUAAAUAAUUAAAAAUCUUUCAGCUUUUGGUGUUUAUAUAAACACUAAAUUGUUUCAAACUGAAAUGUGUACUAGCUUUAAACCUUUUAAUGUUUCAAAUUUAAACACCAUUUAAAACUCAAACAUUUUUAAAUAUUUAAAAAAUGGACGAAAACAUUUUCAUAUCUUAAAAUUAAAUACUCCUUUUUUGAGUGAUAUCAAUAAUUUAUACUGAUAAUUCGAUUUUAAGUCCCGUUAGAAAGUAGCGACGAGCAUAUGCGAUGAAGUACGUCUUUACUUUUCUUAUUCUUUUAUCUGUUCUGACGAAAUAUGCUCUUUCGCAGAAAGUUGCGUUAAUCCUCGCGAAAGGAUCCGUAAAGGCUUCAAUGGAUCCGAAGAUAUUCAAUAUUUCGCGUGCCGCGAAGAGCCGCAGUCGAACGCAAGCGAGAGGAAUCCGUAACGCGCAUACCUACACACAAGAACCUCUUAACGUCUGUUCCCACGCAAAAUGUUGACUCUGCUGAGCUUACAGAUAUUAAACAAAUAUUAAAUGUCUUGUUAAAAAAAAAGAAACAAAAUGA